UUUUGUUAUUGUAUUUUCCGCACGGCACUCGAACAAAGUAAACAAAUGUAUAAAUGCAUGUGUUUUUGGCGAGCUUGUAAUUUUCAGUAAAGCGACGCGCGGUGCGAAGGUAUUAAGCUCGUGAAUUUCGCGGGGCCAAGACUAUACAUAUUUAACAUUUGGAAGCCCAAACGCAAAAUAAGUGAAUCCGAGCAAUUACUGCGAAGUAAAACGGGUGCCAAUGAUCGCUACAACGCAAUAGAAAAGUCAUUUAUCAAACAAUUUCGCAACCACACAAAAGCCAAUAGAAACAAAACCGAAAGUUUUGUGUUUUGUUCGCCACCAUAAAAUUGAUAAGAGCACGUUAACCCGUUCCUGCUGCAAUUCAAAUUACGCUGGCUCAAGUCAUUGUACACGACACAUAUUCCAUUAUAAGGACACUGGAAAUGACAAUACAGUAGUUACUGAAGAAUAUCCUGAGUUUCAGCACAAAGCAGCUAAAAAAACCGACAUAGAAAGGCAGACAAAAAUGACCACCAACAGCAGCUUCUUCGAUGAACAUUUCGCUAUGAUAUACUCGAACAUAAUGGAUCAGUACAUGCCCGAGUACUUCAAAAGCUUCGAGUACACGCCAUGGGUCUUCUCUCUGCUGGGAUCGGUGGUCAUCGGUCUGAGUGGCAUAUUCCCACUGAUCAUCAUUCCAACGGAGGAAAAAAUGGCCAAAGAAGGGUAUAAAGAUCCUGCGGAAUCUAAACUCUUGCGAGUUCUCCUAAGUUUUGCAGUCGGUGGACUUCUGGGUGAUGUGUUUCUUCACUUGCUGCCAGAAGCCUGGGAAGGCGAUAACCAAGAUCCAUCUAGUCACCCAUCGCUGCGGUCGGGCCUUUGGGUCCUCUCCGGCAUACUCAUCUUCACAAUAGUGGAGAAAAUCUUCUCCGGAUAUGCCAGCGCGGACGAGGAAAAUCCCCAGCCCAAGUGCGUCGAGAUAGCCAACUGCCUGCUGCGUCGACAUGGAGGAAAAAUGCCUGAAGGUGGGACGUCCGAGAGUUGUGGCGGUGCCUGCGAUAUUGAAGAUGUGGACAAAGUGUGCUUUCUCCGCGAACGGGAACUGAAGUCGAAGGAGAAGAAGGAACAGCCUAAGAAAGUGGCUGGCUAUCUGAACCUCUUGGCCAACUCAAUUGACAAUUUCACACAUGGUCUAGCUGUGGCUGGAUCCUUUUUGGUAUCCUUCAGACAUGGAAUCCUGGCCACAUUUGCCAUAUUGCUGCAUGAAAUUCCGCACGAGGUGGGCGAUUUUGCCAUCCUGCUUCGAUCCGGAUUCAGUCGCUGGGACGCCGCGCGGGCGCAGCUCCUGACGGCAGGAGCUGGCCUUCUGGGCGCUCUGGUGGCCAUCGGAGGCUCCGGCGUAACGUCGGCCAUGGAGGCACGUACUUCGUGGAUCAUGCCGUUCACCGCCGGCGGCUUUCUGCACAUUGCCCUGGUCACAGUAUUACCUGAUCUCUUAAAGGAAGAGGAGCGGAAGGAGUCUAUUAAGCAGCUGCUAGCACUGAUAUUUGGGAUUGCGUUAAUGGCCGUGAUGACCAUGCUAUUCGAACACUAGGAACUUUAGCUAACAGAAGUAUAAGAUGAAAAUUUAACCGCAGUUUUAGUUCUCGCAUACUCUAAAAUUGUCUUUGGCAGUUUCAAAUUUACAUGAAUUUGUUGUACAUUAUGGGAUUCACCAUCCUGUCUGCGUUAUGUAAUUAUAGCCAAUAUGAAUGAUAUUUAAACUAUUGUUAAUGAUUACGUAUUAUUGUAUCAUACUUAUGAAGCGAAAAUUCAAUAGACAUUUAAGGGAGAAUCCUUGUCUCCACUAUCCACGAAAA